CAUACUACGGAAGUACAGAGAGGAAACCACAGUGAUCGCUUCUCUGGUGCCGCUCGGUUUGGACUCUAAAGGCGGAUAAAGGCCACCAUAAUGUCAGAAUUUGACUCCAACCCGUUUGUAGAUCCAGUCGACAUCAAUCCGUUCCAGGAUCCGUCUGUCACUCAGGUGACCAAUUCUGGAAUCGAUCAAAUUGAAAGUUUUAGUCCAUUUCCUGAUGGCAACUCGGUGACAGGAAGCACCAUCCCAGCCUCCAGCGGCCCGUCUCAACCUGCUGUCCUGCAGCCGUCAGUGGAUCCCAGUCCACAGGCCACGGCUGCAGCUGCGCAGGCUAAUCUGCUCAGACAGCAGGAGGAGCUGGAGAGGAAAGCAGCCGAGCUGGAUCGACGAGAACAAGAGCUGCAGAGCAGAGGAGUGCCCACAGGUAAACAGAACAACUGGCCUCCUCUUCCCGGAUUCUUUCCCAUCAAGCCUUGCUUCUACCAGGACUUCUCGGAGGAGAUCCCGCAGGAGCAUCAGAGACUCUGCAAAAUGAUCUAUUACCUGUGGAUGUGGCAGUGCGUGACGCUGUUUCUGAACGUUCUGGCCUGUCUAGCUGAGUUCACCACUAAAGCAAGUGCAGGCGUGGAUUUCGGUCUCUCCAUCCUCUGGUUCGUCCUGUUUGCUCCCUGCUCCUUCCUCUGCUGGUUCAGACCCGUCUAUAAAGCCUUCAGGUCCGACAGCUCCUUCAACUUCUUCUUCUUCUUCUUCGUUUUCUUCGCUCAGAUCGUCGUGUCUGUGAUUCAGAGCGUCGGUAUUCCUAACUGGGGCAACAGCGGCUGGAUUAGCGCCAUAGCAGUGAUCGGCACAAACAAAGCGGUGGGCGUCAUCAUGAUGGUGGUGGCGGCCUUCUUCACGGCCACCGCCGCGCUGUCCGUCGUUUUACUGAAAAUGGUUCAUUCCCACUACCGUCGCACCGGCGCCAGUUUCCAGAAGGCGCAGCAGGAAUUCUCCCAGGGCGUCCUCACGAACCGCACCUUCCAGACAGCAGCCGCCAACGCCGCCACCACGGCCGCCCAGAGCUCUAUGCAGAGGAACUAGAACCAGGAAACACCACCGAGAUCCCACAUCACUUCCCUCGCUGUCCCGGCGGUCCGCGCAGAACCCGAAGCCCAGCUACGCUCCCAAACGUUGUCCUUCUUCACCCGCUUAGGUUCUGGAUCUUGAUUGGGUCCCGCUAAGGACUGCAGAGGCACUACUUUCGUGUUGAUUUUUUGAUUUUGAAGCGGAAGGUAUGAAGUUGAAACGUUCGUCAGUGUGUUUGUAUAUUUGUUCGUGUGCUCAAAUUGUGUCCUGUAUCCUUUUUGACCUCGGUUAUGCUGUAUAUAAAGUAAUUUAAUGUUUCCCCGUCAUCCGUAGUGGUACAGGAGUCUCUUUAAAUGAACUAAAAUGAUCAUGAAGGAUCUCAAAACCUUCUCAAAGCAAUGAUUGUAUGCGUAUGUCAUGAGGGUUUAGAUGUUACAAUUCUGCUAUAAUUUUACUAAAUUUUACUUUCCGCAUUCCAUAUUAGUGCCAAAGUAAUAACGAUUACGCGUCCGGAAUUCCGUGGAGGGCGUGGCCUGUUUGCAUAAUUAGAAUCUUGACGACCACGGACACAGAGAACAUUACUGUUAUUGUCUUAAUGGUAAGACUGAAGGUGGGAUGUAGUUUUUUUUCAUUGGGUUUAUGUUUUUUGAUAACUGUGUAGAGCACUGUUUUUUUUCCUCCCAUGUUUAUGAGCUUAUUUUAGGCUACUGAUUGUAAACAGUCAAAUCAAAAUAGUUCAAUUAGUACUCAGACUUAAAUUUACAUGGUUGAUUAUUAUUAUUAUUAUUUUUUUAGCCUCAGAAAGUCCUAACUUUUGCAACAAAUGUGUAAAAAUUAUUUCAAUAAAAUGUGCCACACAAAAUGCCACUUGCUGGAAAGGGUUACGUAAUUUUGUCAAAUGAGAUCGGAAGAUAUUUUUCAACAGUGUAAGUACUUACAUUUUUUGAGCAAAUUAAAUUUUUCUGAUUAACAAA